AUGAAGGAGCCCAAUUCCCCUUUCCCUGUAGCGACCGGGCUGGGACCCCCGGCCUGCCGGGUCCCUCGGGCCCCCCGGCCGGCAUCCCGGGCGCACACACGCGCGAACGUGCACAGACGUGUGCGCACACCCGCACUCGCCCGCCUUCACGGCAGCAAGGAGCGCUACCACUGGCAGGCGCAGGGGGUGCGGCAGAGCGGUGUGGACGACAUGGUGCUGCUUCGCCGCGUCUCCGAGGAUGCCAUCGUGGAGAACCUGCGCCGGCGCUUCCUCGACGGCUACAUCUUUACCUACAUCGGACCAGUGCUGAUCUCCAUCAACCCCUUCCGGCAGCUGCCCUACUUCACCGACCGCGAGAUCGACACGUACCAGGGCGCGGCGCCGUACGAGAACCCACCGCAUGUCUACGCGCUGGCCGACAGCUCGUACCGCAACAUGCUCAUCGACCGCGAAAACCAGUGCAUCAUCAUCAGCGGGGAGAGCGGCGCGGGCAAGACCGUGGCAGCCAAGUACAUCAUGAGCUACAUCUCCAGGGUGUCUGGCGGGGGCCCCAAAGUGCAGCAUGUCAAGGACAUCAUCCUCAAGUCCAACCCGCUGCUGGAGGCCUUCGGGAAUGCCAAGACCGUGCGCAACAACAACUCCAGUCGCUUUGGCAAAUACUUUGAGAUCCAGUUCAGCCAGGGCGGGGAGCCCGACGGCGGCCGCAUCUCCAACUUCCUGCUGGAGAAGUCACGGGUCGUGAGCCAGAACCCGGGAGAGAGGAACUUCCACAUCUACUACCAGCUGCUGGCGGGCGCCUCCCCAGAGCAGCGGGAGAACCUGGGCAUCACCACGCCCGACUACUACUACUACCUCAACCAGGCGGCCGCCUACACUGCCGACGACGUGGACGACCGGCGGGACUUCGAUGAGACCCUGACGGCCAUGGACGUGGUGGGCCUGAGCGGGGAGGAGCAGGCGCUGGUGCUGCAGAUCGUGGCCGGGAUCCUGCACCUGGGCAACGUCGGCUUCCGGGAUGCCGACAACUACGCUGCCGUGGAGAGCGAGGACUUCCUGGCCUUCCCUGCCUACCUGCUGGGCGUGGAGCAGAGCCGGCUGCGGGAGAAGCUGACGAGCCGCAAGCUGGACGGCCGGUGGGGGGGCCGCUGCGAGGUCAUCGCUGUGACCCUCAACGCGCAGCAGGCCAGCUUCAGCCGCGACGCCCUGGCCAAGGCCCUGCACGCCCGCCUCUUUGACUACCUCAUUGACGCCGUGAACAGGGCCAUGCAGAAGGCGCGGGAGGAGCACAGCCUGGGCGUGCUCGACAUCUACGGCUUUGAGAUCUUCCAGAAGAACGGCUUCGAGCAGUUCUGCAUCAACUUCGUCAACGAGAAACUGCAGCAGAUUUUCAUCGAGCUGACGCUGAAGGCGGAGCAGGAGGAGUACGUGCAGGAGGGCGUCCGCUGGAGCCCCAUCGACUACUUCAACAACAAGAUCGUCUGCGACCUCAUCGAGAGCAAAGUGAACCCGCCAGGGGUGCUGAGCGUCUCCUACGACGUGGAGGGCUUCUGCGAGCGCAACCGGGAUGUGCUGUUCAGCGACCUCAUCGAGCUGAUGCAGAGCAGCGAGCUCCCCUUCAUCCGAGACCUGUUCCCCGAGAACGUCCACACGGAGAAGAAGGGCCGACCCACCACGGCUGGCAGCAAGAUCAAGAGACAGGCCAAUGACCUGGUGACCCGGCUGAUGUGCUGCACGCCCCACUACAUCCGCUGCAUCAAGCCCAACGAGACCAAGCGGCCCCGCGACUGGGAGGAGAGCAGGGUGAAGCACCAGGUCGAGUACCUGGGCCUGCGGGAGAACAUCCGUGUGCGCCGCGCCGGCUACACCUACCGGAGACCCUUCCACAAGUUCCUGCAGAGGUACGCGAUCCUGACCCCUGAGACAUGGCCAGCAUGGCGGGGCGAGGAGCGCCAGGGAGUGCUGCACCUGCUGCAGGCCGUGAACGUGGACCCUGGGCAGUUCGAGCUGGGCUGCAGCAAGGUCUUCAUCAAGGCCCCUGAGUCACUGUUCCUGCUGGAGGAGAUGCGGGAGCGGCACUACGAUGGCUUCGCCCGCAUCAUCCAGCGAGCCUGGCGCCGGCACGCGGCCGCCCGCACCCAUGUCCGCCUGCGCGAGGAAGCCUCCAACCUGGUGCUGCACCGCAAGGAGCGCCGGCGCCACAGCCUCAACCGUGCCUUCGCCGGCGACUACUUGGGCCUGGAUGCCCGCCCCGAGCUGCGGCGCUUCCUGGGCCGGCGCGAGCGCGCCGACUUUGCCGCUACCGUCACCAAGUACGACCGGCGCUUCAAGGCGGUGAAGCGGGACCUGGUGCUGACUCCGCGGUGCCUCUACCUGAUCGGGCGGGAGCGGGUGCGGCAGGGCCCCGACAAGGGCGCCGUCCGCGAGGUGCUCAAGCGCCGCAUCGAGCUCGAGCAUGUCCAGGCUGUGUCGCUCAGCUCCCUGCAGGACGACUUCGUGGUGGUGCACACGGCGCAGUACGACAGCCUGCUGGAGACCGUGCUCAAGACAGAGCUGCUGAGCCUGCUGAGCCGGCGCUGCGAGGAGCGGGCUGCCCGGCCGCUGCCCCUCAACUUCAGCAACCAGCUGGAGUUCAAGGUGAAGAAGGACGGCUGGGGGCCCUGGGGCACGGCCGGCUCCCGCCACAUCCACUUCCAGCUGGGCCAGGGCGAGCGGGCGCUGCUGCGAGCCGUGGGCAAGGUGCUGACGGUCAGCAUCGGGCCCGGGCUGCCCCGAAACUCCCGGCCCACCCGCAAGGACCCGUGGUCAAGCUGCUUCCCAGGCCUCGGUGACCCCAGCACCAGCUACCGCCUGGCGGCAGGCAGGGAGUGGCCGCUGGGGGGACCCGGACCCCUGGGGACGCCCCGGCAGCGCCUGUCGCUGGCCCGCCAGAGCAGCAUGGAGCAGCCGGUGCUACCACACCAAGGAGCUGGCCCCCGCGCCCGGGCCUGCCCUGCCCAGCUGGACCUGCACUUCAUGGAUGUGCCCGACCAGGGUGUGGCCGGGCUGCAGCGGAGGCUCUCGCAGGACACCAAGCCUGUUCCGGGCGGCGGGCGCACCAAGCCCCAUCUGCAGCCGCGCCUGCCGCGGUGCCGGGCGCUGUACGCCUACGACGCCCAGGACACCGAUGAGCUCAGCUUCAACACCGACGACCUCAUCGAGAUCGUCCGCGAGGACCCGUCGGGCUGGUGGCAUGGCUGCCUCCGUGGCAAGGAGGGCCUGUUCCCGGGGAACUACGUGGAGAAGCUCUGACGGACGGGGCUGCAGGCGCAGACACGGCCCUGGGUCCCCACGCAGCCUCCCACCUCCAGGGACUCGGGCAGGACCGCCCCCCCUGCCUCUUCCUCUCUCGGCACCGGGUGCAGUGAGCAUGUUCCUGGGCAGGCAGCAACGGGGAGCUGGACGUGCCCAGGCACCGCGGGCCCCUCCCUGCUCAGGAAGCCGCCGGCGGCGCGGGCAUGAGACCACAUAGCUGCUGAGCACCCCUGUCCCCCUGCCGCAUUGCUAGCGGCCACAGGGUUUGUCCUUGGGUCCAGCCCUGCAUCCAGGGGCUGUGAGCAUGGACCCGAGCCCGGCCCCACGUGGUUUAGAAAGGCUGUGGGGAGCAUGGAGAUGCUGCGCUGGCAGGGCCCAGAUUGGGGGGGGGUCCCAUCCAGCCCAACCCAGCCCAGCCCAGCCCAGCCCCUGCUGCAGGCAGGAUCAGCUCUGUCUGAAUCAGCCACGUGCUUGUCUAGUCUGGACCUGCAGGCCCCGCGCUCCCACCCACACGCACGUGCACCCAGCCCAGGUCCAGGGUCGUACAGCUGCCAGGAGCGGGUUCAUGCUCCAGUCCAAGGUGGGGGCAUCAGUCUUGCCUCUGGGGAUGGUUCAAAGGCUGGGCCGGCAGCAAUCACAGGGGCUCUGGGCUGGAAGGGACCCCACAUGCUCCCCCUGUCCAAGCAGGAUCAGGCCUUACUGCAGCACCCCGGGUUGCCGCUGUCUCCCCGGCCCCAUAGGGGCAGCAGGGGUGGGACCAACCCUGUUCUGGUCAUGGGUCCUGGAUGAGCCUCGGGGGUGGAUGCGAUGCUGGGUAGGGUUCGCCUCCUGCAAGGAGCCAGGGCAAGGCGGGGGCACCCCCAGUGUGGGGGGUGUUGGAACAGCAGCGAGGGGCCAGCACCUGCCCCCGUGCACGCGGGGGAAGCAGGUCGGGGGCUGGCGGAUGCUGCAGCCUCAGGUGCAGCUGGACACGGAGCUGCUUGGGAUCCAGCCCUGCCAGCCUGCUCGUCAGCAGCGUGGGCCUUCGCCACCUUCCCCUUCCACGAGCUCAGGUCCUGGGGGUUUCCCUCCCAAGCAGGGGGCUCCCUGCAGUUGUGGCACUGGGUAAAUCCUACCUCCUCCCCGACAGGCCAGCUCCCAGUGCCCCCCACCCCCAACUGCCCCUCUGAAGUAGCUGGGCCAGGCUCCUGGGGCGCCUCCACUGCAGCCCACAUCUCCCACCCAGCACAUGACUGUGGCUUAGGGAGAGGCGAGGAGGGGCUCAAAGGAACCAGAACCAAAAUGAGCCUUGGUUAUGCAGCCAUAUGCCCACCCCAGCCCCCAAAACAUGAUGCAGCCACCAGUUCUUGGCUUCCUGCUAAACUGGGGCCAUCCUUCAAUCCACAGUGCGGUGGGGCUGGAAAGGAGCUGCAGGGGUCACAUCUAGUGCAAGCCCCUGCCCGAGGCUGGAUCAGCCCUGCCCAAACCAGCCCAGACCCACUCAUCACUUAAACCCUACAUGAAACCACUGUCAGCCCCGACACACCAGACAUCACCCCCAAACCUGCCCCAGGGCAGCAGGGGAAGCCCGGCAGCUACCGUCCUGCUGCAGGAAAGGUUAAUACGUGCUGAAGACAUCCCAGGCAGAGCCCGUGCCCUGGAUCUAGAAUGAGGCAACCCUCAAAAUCUGAGCAUGGGGGAAAUUUCCUUCCCGACCCCAAUGCAGGUCAGACCCAAGGGGCAAGACCCUUAAACCAGGAACCACUGGGGUCCAGUGCUGAACCCCCCACUCAGGUACCAGCAGGGCAAGGGCCAUGCCCGCCCCUGGCUCCUCGCCCCCUCAGGCCUCCAUGACCAGUGCAGAUCGCAGAAGCAGUAUAAAAGGUUACCUGGAGUGGACAACAACCCCCCUGUCCCAGGUCUCACUACCGGCCUCGUGCCCGCCGGCUCCAGCGCCACCCACAGCAAGGGCGCAAACCUGGCUGGCACCGGGAAGCAAGGGGCCGAGGAAGCAACACAACGCACAGCGGGAAUGAAACCACUAGAAGUUUUAAUCGCAUUAUUACUACAAGAAUAAGGAAUACCUGAGAGCCUGUUGCAGUGCCCAUACUUUUAAUGUAGCAUAAUCAGUUCACAACCCUCCCGCCCGCAUCCCACCCUCUAAAAACAAGUAUACAGAUUCCCCACUCUUUUUUUUUUUGUUCUUUUUUAAAUUCUUUUAAAACACAAGUCGUUCUAAAGGCACUGAAGUGCUUGGAGAGGGUCUGGGACAAAAUCCGAUUACAAAGCCGUUGGUUUUGAGUUGCCUUUUUUUCUCCUUUCUCCUAAAACUGGUAGAAACUUUAGGUUCUUCUAUAUUAUUACACAUCAUUUACACAUUCACAGCCCCAAGCUAAUACAUUAAAAAAAAAAAAAUAUAUGGGGGUAAGGAUGGGAGACAACAAUUACGGAGGGAGGUGGAAAUCAGACAUGUAGUUACCUUGCAUUUCAGCUGGGUUAGAGUCCUGGUAGUGUAACUAAAAUGGGACAGUCCUUACUGAUGGGGAAGGCGAGCGGGACGAAAGCGUCAGGUUCCCGUUACAGUGAGAGGUGGCAGGGGGAGAUUUAUUUAAAGCCUCGGAUGCUACGGUGCAAACGUUCACUCAAACCCUGGUUUGCUGGGAAUUAAGGGAGACGAGCAAAAGUAAAAGCCAGUGCUGUUUGUUCCUCGUGGCCACGCGGCCGCCGGCAGGGGGGUGGGAGAAAACACAGGAGAGGAGGAAAAAAAGAAAAGAAAAAAUUGCUCUUCUAAAAGGGGGGAAAAAAUAUAUUAAAAAGCAAACAAACAAACAAACAAAAAAAAUCACACCAGUAAUUUUUUCUUUUCUUAGUGUAUGUUACAGAUCUUUACAGCGGGUUAGUUGUUCACAAGAAAAUUUAAGAGAGGAGCCCCACGUUCAGUUACCGAAGUCAUAAUCACUCGCACGAACACCCGAACCGAAACACAGAAGCCAAAAGAUUUAAAAAAAACAAAACAAAAAAACAAACAAACCAAAAACAAAUGAAAAAACAACCCCCCCAAACUGAACCGAUAGAAAAGUUUCCCCAAGCAUGAUUGAGGGACCCGGCGCCGUCCCUGUCCUGCCUGGCUUCACGUGCCCGCCAGGGCAGUUCAGAUGCUCCCGAACCCUGUACGUGAUCGUGGCGGGGGCUCGGACCGGGAGGCGGGUGAGGGGCGGGUGCCAGCUCACUGCAGCGAGCACUCUGCAGGCAUCGUGGUGCCCGCAACCAUGAUUCAAGUGUGUUGGUGCC